UUCAAAGUUGGCGACGAAGUUUCUGUCCGUCGUCUGGGGUCUGGUCGUUAUGUUAAUCGGCUAAAAGUUAUUUCAAUGUUUUGGGACUAAUAAAGAUUAUAUCCGUCUUGUGCCAUGGAGGGAAGAGUUAUCGGGCCAGGUCCGUACAGGGCGACAAAGCUGUGGAAUGAAACUAUUCAACUCUUCCGUGCUGGCAUGCCAUUAAGAAGACACUGGAUGCACCUCCGCUACUAUGACUGGACUUUUUCAGGAUCGGAGGCUGUGGAUUAUCUCCAUCAGCUUCUUCGGCACAACUGCAACUUUGGGCCAGAGGUGACUCGGUACCAGACUUUGCAGCUGCUUAGGAAGUUCCUCAAGGCUCAUGUCAUCGAAGACAUUAAGGGACGCCAUGGGACGGAGAACUUUGAAGAUACCUGUCAUUUGUACAGAUUCCCCAGUUUGUCUCCCCUCAAAUCUCUUCCAUUGAAAUCGCUGUCUCGACACAGCACUGACCUGCCAAGACUCAUCCGCUGGGAUGACUAUGAGGAAUUACCACAGCAGGAGAACGCAGCACCUGUGAAGUCUAGCAUGACUUCCGAUUUUUGGACCAAAAGGCACAGUGUAGCAAUCGGGGAUGUGCAUGAAUGCAAGCUCAUUCGCAGAAAAGAUAUUACUCCCAAGGAAGUGGACCACAUCUGGAAAUCAAUGACAGCUGCACACUUACAGCAAGUGCUGGGUUUAACAACAUUGGAUGGUGUAUUAAAUCCAGCACACGUGAAAGGCAAAUACAUAGUUCACAACGUCUUCAACAUCAACAAGUCGGGCAUAGUUGUGUUGGAGAACAAUGAUGAUGACAUGCCCUACUGGGUGAUAUCAGCAAUGAAAUGCCUGGCCAAGUGGCCGAAUGGCAAUGACACCAAACAACCAGUGUACCCGGGAUUGGAGAGAGAUUACUUGAAAACCGUGGCCGACUACUAUCAGCGACUCAAAGAACCCCUUCUGACUUUCCAUCUUUAUGAAGUCUUUGUCAACAUUCUCAGUCUACUACAGGAGCAAGACUUGGCUACUGAAGCUCUUCAAGUCAGCACUCUUUUGCUCUCGCCGCCCAAUCGACGUCAUCUUCAGCUAUUGCUGAGACUCAUGGCGAGGGUCUCGCAGAACCCCCAUCUGCCACCACUCAAUGACACUAUUGCCACACGCACACUGAUGGUGCAAAUGUUCUCGCAGUGCGUUUUGGGCUCCCCGGAUGAGAUGGACUUGGAUGAGCUGCUUGCCUCAAAACUGGUUACUUUCAUGAUGGAGCAUCACCACACCAUCUUCCAAGUGCCCAACAAGCUGCGCCGUCAAGUUGAGGAGCAUCUUUCCCACCUGCGAAGAGUUCAGAUUAAAUAUUCAGGUUCUGAUACAGACUUCAGCACAUCUCCAGCAUUUCACAAACAAAUUCAACGGGUGGUGUCAGAGGAGCCAAAGGUGAUUGGUACCCAGACUCCCCUUCAGGAGCUACUGGAAGGCCUUAUCUCUGACAAAGAGCUUCCUGCCAAGGACAAAAAGAAAAGACUAAAACAGUUUCAAAAGUCUUAUCCUGAAAUCUACCGCAAUCGAUUCCCCUCUGAGGAAAGUAGAGCUGCUGUCAUGCCUGAGAAAAACCCUCGCCUCAAACCUCACCUCCUGUUUUUCAACCUCAAGAAACCAUCGAACCCUUUUCAGAGGAGCUGGAGUUUCAGGGCCUGAAAUACCAUCGCUGAGUCUGGUUUAGUUAAGCAUGGUGUGUAACGGUACCCCAGAAUGAUUGUUCAACAAAACUUUGUUUCACAAACCUUUAGAGAAAGGUUGAUUAAAAAGGUUGGGAAGAGGUUGACACUUUGCCAUAAAGUAUUUGUGGACUAUGUUGUGUCAAUUAAAUUCAUUAUGAGCAAAUCAGAUCAACAAAUAAGAUCAAUCAACAAGUGCUGCUGCAACAAAUAUGUGAGUGACGAGCAGCGACGUGCAGAGGGGCCAAACUGCCAAAGGAGGAAUGAAUAUACUGUAUCUGACCUUCAAACUUUUAUUUUCUGCUCACACACGAAAAGAAGUUCUUUAUUUUGAACUAGCCAUGAUACUGUUUUAACUUGUGGUUUAGAAAAGUCCAAAUUUAACAGAAAGGGAGGUAGAUAAAACCACUAACCAUACUGAAAAUGAUAAAUAAUAAAUAGUUUUACAACAUAUUUAUGUUUACAAUUCACGAGCGUUAAAAGAACCACUGCUGUUUGUUACAAUGUAUUCAAGGAGUUAAGCACUUAUUCAGAUUACGAUUAAAAUUGCAUUCAUUCAUUCAUCUUCAUUCGUUCAGCCACUUGAUCCUCACUAGGGUCGCGGGGGGUGCUGAAGCCUAUCCCAGCUGUCUUCGGGCAGUAGGCGGGGGACAUCCUGAAUCGGUUGCCAGCCAAUCCCAGGGCAUUAAAAUUGCACUCAAGUGAAAUAUAUGCAUUUCAAAAAUAUGAAAGUGUUACUGGGUCUAAACAUCGUUGCACGUGAAAAUCAAAAGCUUCGUGUUAAUUUUCAACUGCAUUCAAUAAGUCAACUGUACAGGAUACAAAGAAGAAACCAGCUGGUACACAGUUGCAUGUUUCAUUUGUAAUAAUCAUGAUGAUCACACUUUCUUUAAAUUACAAUUGAAAAUCAGCAAACAGAACCCUUUUCUACAAAAACGAACUUUAGAUCUCAUUUGAUGUGCACUCUCAAACAUGUUUUCCUUUUUAAUGUAUGUAUGUACGGGUGUGUCGACUUUCCUAAUCGGUACAUAUUUCAAUGUAUUGUAAACGGAAUUAUUUUUCACACUGCUGUGUCGUCAGUCAUGUUCACUUCGAGGCUGUCUUAAGAGAUGUUUUAUUGUCAUAGAUGCUACUGUUCUUGAUUAAUACACUCAAAUUGUUGUAAUAAUAAUAAUGCUGGAAUGACUGUUACACUUGAGCUUAGACGUUGCUGGUAAAUGAAAUUCAAUGUGUGUUUGAUGUAGAUUGAUUCUAUAAAUCUUCGAUGUAUUUUGGUUUGUCCUCUAAUAUCCCAGAUUAAGGGCAUUAUUUCCCACUGUAGGCUCAGAGCAUAACUAUGAUCUUUGUUUUUGUUUUUUUAAUACAAUAAAUGACACUGCAAGAUGAAAAAAUA